ACGCGUCGCGCGUCGGUGUCGCAGCAAUACUCCCCGAAUUUACUCGCUGCAGCUGCUAGAAUCGAAUCUGCGUGAGGUGGCAGCCAUUGCUGCUGCUGCUGCAGCAGUAGCAGCAGAGAGGCAGUGAGUGGUGGUGGUAGCAAUUCCUAGUGCCGGGGAAGGCAUGUGAGCUGCACCGUGCUGCUGGCUGCUGCAGCUGCGAGCUUCUACCGGUUCAGAGUCAGUGUCCCCGCGGCCCCUUUCUAUAAAGCCUAGCGCUUCGUCACGAGUGGUCGCGGUGAGCAGUGAGGGGGGCCUGGUACUCCUGGGUCACUUGAGGUUGAGGAGUUGAGAGCGGGCGGGCGGGGAGGUGAGGUGAGGGCGCCAUGGACUGGUACGCGUGGCUGUCGAGAACGGGGCUGGCGCCGUCGCUGACGCACGAGUACGGGCGCCUCUUCAGCCGGAACGAGCUGGAGCCCGGCGACGCGGCGCACUUCGACCACGACCUGCUCAAGAGCAUGGGCAUCGCCGUCGCCAAGCACCGUCUCGAGAUCCUCAAGCUGGCCAGGAAGCAGGCGGAGGCGGAGGCGGGCGGCGGGGGCGAGGGCGCGUCGGCGGCGGCCGCGCGGCUCGCGCGCAGGGCCACGAGGUGCCUGGCCCGCUGCGUGCGCCGGAUGGCCAGCGGCGGGGGCGGAGGGAGGAGGGGCGCGUCGUCGGUCACCGUCGUGCCCAGGAUCUGCAGCGGCGACGACGCCGUCCGGGUCGGCGCCGUGCAGCAGAAGAGCGCCGCCAACAACAAGAAGUCGAUGGUGCUCAUGAUCACCGACGGCGCCGGCGGAGACGGCCUCGCGAGGGGCGGCGGCGCCGCGCGGCUCUCCGCGUCGUCCCAGAAGGCGAGCCUGAUGUUCCACGACUGCUACCACAACGACGACGAGGACGAGGAAGGCGAAGAGGACGAGGCCGGCGGCGCGGGCGGCGAUGACAUGAAGUGGGACUCCAUGUUUCAGGACCUCAAGCCCACGUGAUGGACAAGUUGCAUUGUCCCCUCCCUGAUCUUCAUCUUCUGGUUUGGUGUUGUUGCGUGACAGCGUGAGUGCGUCGUUUUUUUUUGUGGCGUGAGAGAAUUUUAGCAACUCUCUUGUUGGUGUUCGUUCUCCUUGCGAAGAGAACAUUGGAAGAACGUAUGUUUCGCAAUGUUCAGAACCCUGUUUUAAAAAGCGUUUUAAAACUA